AUGACCAGCCUUACUGCUCAAAACUACCAUAUUGGUUGGAUAUGCGCGCUGAACAUCGAAAUGACUGCCGCUAUGGCCAUGUUGGAUGAAGAACAUGAGAUGUUACCAGGACAAGAUCCACAAGAUCAUAAUAGUUACGUGUUGGGUCGCAUCCACCAGCAUAACGUGGUGAUUGCAUGUAUGCCAGAAGGGGUGGAUGGGUUAGUUCCUGCGGCCAAUGUGGCGAAGGACAUGGCGAGGACUUUCCCUGCGCUCCGAAUCGGACUGAUGGUUGGCAUUGGUGGCGGCAUCCCUGAUCUCGCCAAGGGAGUUGACAUUCGCUUGGGCGAUAUUGUGGUGAGCAAGCCGGAGAAAACUUUGGGAGGCGUCGUGCAAUAUGACAAGGGCAAAGCUGAGAACGGAGGGAAAUUUGUGGUCAAAGGUCAGCUCAAUGCACCACCAGCUCUCCUAUUGCAGACUCUCGCUCAACUCCGUGCACGUCAUGCAAUGCGCCCGAGCAAGGUAUCCAAUUAUAUCAGUGAAGCGAUUACACGGAACCCGAUGAUGGAGGAAAGCGGCUUCACUUUUCCAUCCUUGCCCGAUUGCUUUUACUGCAGUGUCUGUGACAAAGACAUUGAAAGUUCUAUACCCAACUGCGAAGGGCUCCAUACCAAGCGGAAUCAAAGGAAGAAUCACAACCCGGUGGUCCAUUAUGGAGUGAUUGCGUCUGGAAACCAGGUGGUGAAGGAUGCAGCUGUGCGAGACCGAUUGCGAGAUGAGUUUAACGCCUUCUGUGUGGAAAUGGAGGCGGCAGGACUGAUGAACGAGUUCCCCUGUCUCGUGAUCCGGGGCAUUUGCGAUUACGCCGAUUUGCAUAAAAACGAUGGUUGGCACCCAUAUGCUGCGAUGGCUGCUGCGGCAUACGCCAAAGAAUUUCUUCAAUACAUCACUCCGGCGCGGGCCUGCCAGGAACAGCCUAUCCAAAACGUAUUAGGUUUACUUGAUGAGAUACGUCAUAGUGCGCAAGCGCAACUGGAAGCCACCCAAGCACAGACCGAGCAAAGUAAAACCCAAUAUGAGAGUGACAAACAUAGCCAAUGCCACCGAACCUUCAAAAUCGGUGCGUAUGAAAAUCAGAAGGACAUCAACCAUGAGCGAGUGGCUGGCACUUGCCAAUGGGUACUAUCUAACCCUCUAUAUCGUCAAUGGACCGCCAGAUUACACGAUGAUCUGCUCUGGAUCUCAGCCGAUCCCGGCUGUGGCAAGUCGGUCCUCGCCAGAUUCCUCGUCGACGAGGAGCUUCGAAAUACUGAUAAGCAUACUGUAUGCUAUUUCUUCUUCAAAGACAGCGAGGAGCAGGAUAACCUAAUGACUGCUCUUUGCGCCCUCCUCCAUCAAUUGUUCUCCAACCAGCCUCGCCUGAUCCGAUAUGCGAUUCCAGCAUGGGAGAAGACCGGCGACAAACUGCAACAGGACGUGCUUGAGCUAUGGCGUAUCUUGCUCGCAGGGGCCAGAGAUGAGCAGGCCCGCGAUGUGACUUGCGUUCUAGAUGCGCUGGACGAAUGUCGACUCCCCGACCGACAGUGGCUGAUUAAUAUGCUAACGAAGUUUUAUACCGGGAUAUCGGCCACUUCAUCUGUGACGCAACGGGGCCGACUAAAAUUUCUGGUUACCAGUCGGCCAUAUGAUGACAUCCAAGCCGAGUUCCAGAAGACACUGGGCAAUCUACCUACGAUCCGACUACGAGGCGAAGAGAAGAAUGACCAAAUCCACCAAGAAAUUGACCUUGUUAUCCGCAUGCGAGUGACACAACUCGCGGAAGACUUAGGAUUACAACGUCAAAUUAAGGAACAACUAGAAAGUCAGCUACUGGAGAUGGACCACCGCACGUAUUUGUGGCUUCAUCUUGCUAUUGAAGAUAUACGCGAGACUUACAAAAAUAGUCUCCGACCUGAGGAAGCAGCGAUUAAGUCACUCCCCUCGACUGUAGAAGAAGCAUACGAGAAAAUCUUGAGCCGAAUCAAUGAAGAGCAGAGAAGCAACGUGAAAAAGAUCCUACAGAUCGUGGUAGGGGCACGCCGACCACUAUCUGUCCAGGAGAUGGCCAUUGCUCUCGGAUUAGCCACAUCACCACACCAUAAAUCCCUCCACGAGGCUCGAAUCGACCCUUCUCUGGUCCAAAAAUUCGACAUGCUCUCGCGAAUCGACGAUUUCUUAGAGAAAGAUGACCAUGUCCAAAGUUUCCUAGUCUAUUCGUCAGAAUACUGGCCCUCUCACCUUCGAGAUGCCGAGAUGCCAACGGAUGACUCUGCUAUGACGAGGUUGUCCCAACUUUAUGCCACCGACGGUCCUCCAUAUAGUCUAUGGUUCGCAAUCUUUUGGAAGACGACCCAUCCGUAUGAGAUUCAGCCACGAAUAAAUUCUAUUCGUUUAGCCGCACUCCUAGGGCAUGAGAAGUUAUUACAGUUGAUCCUACAGUCGGCAGAACACCACAAGAUAAACGAACCUGACGACCGUGGUCGCACAGCGUUAAUGUGGGCAAGCCAGCUUGGCUACGACAAAGCGGUGCAGAUACUUCUUAACAAAGGGGCGGAUGUCAGUGCUCAAGGAGGAGAGUAUGGCAAUGCACUGCAGGCGGCAUCAGCAGGUGGCCAUGAGAGGGUGGCGGCAUCAGCAGGUGGCCAUGAGAGGGUGGUGCAGAUGCUCCUGGAUGCCAGAGCGGAUGUCAAUGCUCAAGGAGGAGAGUAUGGCAAUGCACUGCAGGCGGCAUCAGCACGUGGCCAUGAGAGGGUGGUGAUGGUCUUGAGAGAUGCCGGAGCUGUUGGCUAG